GUACAGCAUGGAGUGAGCGAAACAGGACGGCGAGCGAUUGCAAUGCAGCACUACAGCGAACUUCCAUCCAAUUUAAAUAAGCUCUCAAAUUUUGAUUUCUAAAAAUAACCAUGUACUCCCCGUACUGCUUGACACAGUAUUGCACUACUCACCUUCUAAACAAUCCAUUAGUGGAUGAAUUUCAUCCCUUCAUCGAGGCCCUUCUCCCCCAUGUCCGUGCCUUCUCCUACACCUGGUUCAACCUGCAGGCCCGCAAACGCAAGUACUUCAAGAAGCACGAGAAGAGGAUGACAAAGGAUGAAGAACGAGCAGUGAAGGACGAGCUGCUGGGUGAGAAGCCUGAGAUCAAGCAGAAGUGGGCGUCGCGGCUGCUGGCCAAGCUCCGAAAGGACAUCCGGCCCGAGUUCCGUGAGGACUUUGUGCUCACCAUCACAGGCAAGAAGCCCCCCUGUUGUGUUCUCUCCAACCCCGACCAGAAGGGCAAGAUCCGCCGUAUCGACUGUCUCCGCCAGGCCGACAAGGUGUGGCGGCUGGACCUGGUGAUGGUCAUCCUGUUCAAGGGCAGCCCUAUGGAGAGCACGGACGGAGAGCGGCUGGUCAAGUCGCCCCAGUGCUCCAACCACGGCCUGUGCGUCCAGCCCCACCACAUCGGCGUGUCCGUCAAGGAGCUCGACCUCUACCUGGCCUACUUCGUCCACUCACCAGAGAUAAAGUCUGUGCUGCUUGAACUGAUACAUGCAGGCCAGCUGCACCGGACGCGGCUGUGUCGUCUGUGA